AUGAUUACAAAGAAGAAUGGUAUUUUAAGAAAGAGUAACUUAAAUAUGAGAAUAGAACUGGAAGAAAAGACAAAUAUUCAAAGGAGGUUAAGUAAUGCUGAAAGAAAAGCUUUUUCUCAGUAUAACAAGGUAGAAGAAGAGGAGCUAAGGUUUCUUCAUAAAUACGCAAAAGCACUAGAAGAACACUAUGAUACACUUAAUGAAUUACAUGAAAAGUAUACAAUAAUGUGUCCACUUUAUACUGAUUUAUUUGAUUUUAUAAUUGGAGUUCAUUAUAAACUCUCAUUACAAGAUGAUACUUUGUAUGUUUGUUUCAAUAUUUUGUUAGAUUUUUUGAGUAAAAAAACAGUUAGUAAAAGUAAAUUAAAGCUAUUGGGAUUAGGAAGUUUGUUUAUUGCUGUCAAAUAUGAAGAGGUCGAGCCCUCAACACUACCUGUUCUAAUAAAUGCUUCAGAGACUGAUUUUACUUCAAAGGAAAUUAUUGAGGCUGAAAGAUAUAUUUUAAAAUCAAUUGAUUAUACUCUUGAUUUUGUUAAUCCACUAUUUUUUUUAAGAAGAGCUUCUAAGGCUAACGGUUAUGAAUUGAAAUCAAGGACAGUAGCAAAGUAUUUUUUGGAAUUAAUGUUUUUAUAUAGGGAAUUCUAUGAUUUUGAUAGUAAUGUUGUAGCAUCAUCAGCAAUGUUUUUAGCUAGAAAAGUCACAUCUGAAGAUAUUCAUAGAAAUUUAUUUUUUACAUACACGAAAGUUGAUAAGUCUGAAAUGGGAGAGUGUUUAAAAUUACUUUUGGAUUUAUUAAUUAAAGAACCAGUUCACACAGAAUUAAAUAAUAAAUAUUCGAAAUUAAAGAAACAUAACACAAUUAAGUUAGUUAGAAAUUAUCUUUUAAAAAAAGAAUAA